GCAGCAGCAAGUCUUUCGAUUUAGUCUGCGUGUGAUAUGUGUUAGUAAAGUUGAAGUUUCUCGGCGCUUGCCAGGGGAGUGUGGUGGUGCGGAUUUAAUACCGCGGUCAUCAGUCGUCGCGGUUCUGUUGUGCCGCUCAACAAUCGUGGUAUAUAUUCGACGCUUUUCCAACACCUACGCAACAGUGGCUCGUCCAUCGUCGCCGCCGUCGUCGUCGUCGUCGUCGCCGUCGCCGUCGCCGCCGUCGUCGUCGUCGUCGUCGUCGUCGUCGUCGUCGUCGUCGUCGCCGUCGUCGUCGUCGUCGUCGUCGUCGUCGUCGCCGCCGUCGUCGUCGGCGUCGUCGUCAUAUGGCCCAUCACCACCAUUACCAACAGCAGCAUCAUCUUUAAAGAGAGAAGCAGUUGCAAGAAGGACUUGUUGGCGCUGGACUACAAUGUGGAUCAACAGUCGACAGUCAACAUCAAAUUCUAUGGAUGAGCUGUUUGAUGAUCUUAUGCAAGAGUGCAAGCAUGCUGCACCAGGAGCUAGACUAACAUACUUCCUUAGAAGUAAAUUGGAGAAACAUAAGCCCGAAGAUCUAAAACAGUUGGUUUCUCGAACCAGAGAUGGCUGUGCUCCGUUAUUUAUUGUGUGUAAGAGGGGUCACGUGGAGAUAGUGGAGUAUCUCAUAAAAGUCUGCCAUGCAGACAUCGAACAGAGAGGCCUGUAUGAAGUACCUGACGACAGAUCCAUUCACUGUGUUACUCCUCUGUGGUGUGCUGCUGUAUCUGGCAAGCUGCCUGUAUUAAAAUGUCUCAUUUCUCAUGGUGCUGAUGUUAAUGCUAUAUCCGACUCUGGCUCCACACCUGUCAGAUCUGCCUGUUUCAUGACGCAUCUAGAUAUUGUGUGUUGUCUGGUGGAGAACGGUGCAGACAUAUUGCAAGCAAACUUCAAUGGUGGCACGUGCCUCAUCAACUCCGUACAAAGUGUCGAGCUUUGUACUUAUCUCCUUCAACAUGGGGCUAAUGUUAAUGCUACUGACAUACAAAGCAAAACUGCAUUACAUUAUGCUAUACAGGAACAUAGGUUCGAAACUAUGAAAUUGUUGCUUGAAUACAAUGCCAAUCCACAUCUUAGGUCGAGAUAUAACGAUGAUGCGCUGCAAACUGCGUGUCUCAAGGGUGCUACACAAAUUUUUGAUUACUUAAUCGAGAAGAUAAACUAUCCACCAGAGCGACUAGCUGAUGCGCACGAGUUGAUCGGUUCGACGUUCUUUGAUGAGCACAGCGACACCCAAUUGGCCUUUAAAUAUUGGCAAACAGCAUUGGCAAUUCGUAAUAUCAAUGGUAUCGAUGGUAAUCCUUUACCUAAAAGGCCGAAUUACCCCAAACGAGAAAGCUUUAGAAAUAUGGUAGAGUUUAGUACCGUCGACGAACUGAAUACUAUCAUGCUCGAUCUCGAUACCAUUAGGAUCCAGAGCUUACUUAUUUGUGAAAGAAUUCUCGGGGCCUAUCACAAGGAUACGCUAUUUAGACUUAUGUACAGAGGCGCUUCAUAUGCCGAUGCUUUACGUUAUCAGUAUUGUAUAGACUUGUGGACACGUGCUUUGGAGAUUCGUGUUGAAAAAGAUUCCAUUUUAUACUCUGAUACCUGCUUUACCGCUCAAGCCCUAGUCCGACUUAUGGUCGACCUGAAUGAGAAAGCACUUGAACUAGACCGCAUUCGAGAAAAACAAGAACCUCGAUUCCAUGAUGUAGUCACGGUAUUCAAAUUAAUCACUAAACCUCUCAGUGAGGCCAAGCGAUUACUCCAGUACCGACCAGUACAUAAAAGACAAGGAGAGACCUACGAUUGUAUAUUAAAGUGCGUAACGCAUCUAAUUUACUUGCUCAUCGAGACGGCACAGACGAACGAAGAAAAACUGGAAAUGAAGCAGUUGGUGCAUAGAUUGGUCAAAGAAAACCCGAGAUCAGCAUCAACCGAAGAUACGAUAUUGCAUCUUUGUGUCUCGUGCCUAAACACAAUAAACUCCAGUUAUUUCAACGCCGAUGAUGUUCAAAAAAUAUUCCCUAACUUGGAAGUCGUUAAGCUUCUUCUAGAAUGCGGUGCGCACGUAAACGCACGCAAUGAAUCUCGAUCAACGCCUCUUCAUAUAGCUAGCAAUGUUUAUAAUUUUCAGAAUUCGUUAAUUAAGUUAUUAUUGGAUUACGGUGCUCACUUGGACGUGCCAAACAAAGCCGGUGAUAUUCCAGCUCGCCUAAUAUCUUCAAACUCCCUCAACAAUGUUAAUCUUGUCAAGUACAUAACUCUUCAGUGCCAUGCGGCUCAAGCGAUUUCCAAGUAUGGUAUAAAGUGCACGGAAUUGCCUGUAACACUACAACAUUUUCUCAAAUUUCAUAUGGAAUAAGAUAAGCGUGUAAUUUAGAUACUGUAAAUAACACAAAUUCCUUUAUUCUUCGUUGUAUAAUUUUUUGUAUUCCGAUGCGUGGAAUUUCUUCUUUUUUCUUUUAUUUUUUAUCGUAUUUUUCAACAUUGCCAAUUUACGUAUUUUAUUAUUGUAUUCCAGAUAUUCGUUUUGAAAUUAAUACAAAGUGUUAAGCUAUUGUUAUGUUUAUUGAUAACUGUCUUAGUUGAAUUGAUAAUGUAAAUUUAGAUUGUUUUAUUUUUACAUUAUUACAGAAGUUUUAUUCUGUGUGUUGUAAACGAUUGUAAAUUAAUUAAUGAAUUCUCAUGGAGUUUUUAAUUGUUUAAUAAUUUAUACUAAUUAUUGAAUCCAAAAUUUUGAAAGUCAACUUGUUCUAUUUGAAUUUUGGAGGUUAUAGUAAAAAUGUCACCGCGUGAGAAUUACGAAGCAAUAAUAAUUUAUUGGAGAAUUUUAUUCUUGCUUUAUACAUCUAAUUUUACGAGAAAAAAAAUGUUGUCAAGUCUCAACAUUACUUUUAAAUUAAUUUUUAAUAAACACUUUAAUCAAUUUUACGAUAAAAUUUGGAUUAAUUUAAAAUCUCAACUGUAAAUAAAAGAUAUUUUUCAUCAUAAGUUAAAGAGAUGAAAAGGCUCUAGCGCAGUCGCGCAACGAAUAACUAAUGAAAAUUUUAUCUAUGUAUCUGUAAAUGUAAUCGAAAGGCUGCAGAAAAUCGUAGUCCUUUUCAUGAGGACCUACGCACGUGAUAACUAGUUAAAAAACAUUUCUUAAGAGCAUGUUUCAUGUGAGUGCGAAUGAACGUGAGAGUAAAAAAAGAAAAUAGAGAAUACGUAAAAAAUGUCAUAUAACACCAUACGAAAUUACUUAUCAUCGACGUACAUAUACUUCGAGCGCAAACUUCCAUGAAAAGUAAUUUCUAAAAGCGUUUGAGAAAUUAUUAACAUUGUUUUUAGUUGAUAAUGCAAUAACUGUUACUACGUUAAUACAAUUAUAUAAACAAUAAUAAAGAAGAAUAUCGUAUAGCAUAUCUAAUCGACCUUCAAUUUACAAAUAAUACGUGUCAAUAUUCAAUCAAAGCACUUUUUUUUGUUUUUUGUAACACGUAGGUUUCCAAUAAAAGGUUUGAACUAUUUAUUUUUGUAGGAAAAGUCUCUGUUAUUUAUUGAGCUAAAAUCUUUUUUAUAUUACAAUAGCGCUUUGUUUAGAUAUGCAAAAAUUAAUUUUCAAGAUUUAUAAAGCGAUUAGAAUUUAGAAAAUUAUAUUUGUGUAUUUUUGAAGUAAUUUAGCUUCACUAGAGCGUUCAAUUAAUAAUGUGCUAAACUUAAAAAAUAUUUUAA